AUGCUGGCCAUUCGAUCAAUUGCGACUCCUGCGGCGCGCCAAUGCCUCCGGGCAGCCCCGCGCCCUGCCGUCACGCUGGCUUUGCAUAGCCAGAGGACCUACUCCGCGAAGCACGACAAGGUCGCCAAGUUCACUGGCGAGAAGGCCUCUAACGGCCGCUACACUGUGAGCUUGAUUGAGGGUGACGGCAUUGGUCCUGAGAUCUCCCAGUCUGUCAAGGACAUCUUCGAGGCCGCCAAGACCCCCAUCCAAUGGGAGCCUGUUGAUGUUACCCCCAUCAUCAAGGACGGAAAGACUGCUAUCCCCGACGAUGCCAUUGAGAGCAUCAGGAAGAACAAGGUGGCGCUCAAGGGUCCCCUCGCGACCCCCAUCGGCAAGGGCCACGUCUCGCUCAACCUGACCCUCCGACGAACCUUCAACCUCUUCGCCAACCUGCGCCCCUGCCGAUCUGUUGCCGGCUUCAAGACCCCCUACGACAAUGUCGACACCGUGCUUAUCCGAGAAAACACCGAGGGUGAAUACUCGGGUAUUGAGCACGUGGUUGUUGAUGGUGUCGUGCAGAGCAUCAAGCUCAUCACCCGCGAGGCCAGCGAGCGCGUCCUGCGCUUCGCCUUCCAGCACGCCGAGGAGAUUGGCCGCAAGAAGGUCCGCGUUGUGCACAAGGCCACCAUCAUGAAGAUGAGCGACGGCCUCUUCCUGAGCGUCGCCAACCAGGUUGCCAAGGACUUCCCCGGCAUCGAGUUCGAUGCUGAGCUGCUCGACAACACCUGCCUCAAGAUGGUCACCGACCCCCUCCCCUACAACGACAAGGUCCUGGUCAUGCCCAACCUCUACGGUGACAUUCUCUCCGACAUGUGCGCUGGUCUGAUCGGUGGUCUCGGCCUCACUCCCUCUGGCAACAUUGGUGACGAGUGCUCCAUCUUCGAGGCCGUUCACGGUUCCGCUCCCGACAUUGCCGGCAAGGCCCUGGCCAACCCGACGGCUCUGCUGCUCAGCUCCAUGAUGAUGCUGCGGCACAUGGGCCUGACCGAGUACGCUGAUCGCAUCGAGAAGGCCACCUUUGAUACCCUGGCGGAAGGAAAGGCCCUGACGGGCGAUCUGGGCGGCAAGGCCAAGACUCACGAAUAUGCGGCUGCCAUCAUCAGCAAGUUGUAG